UCCAAAAAAAUGCUAUAUAAUUAAAUAAGUUUAACUCGGUACUUUUUUCCUAAAUAUUUCCAAAAAUUAUGCUGUUUGGCAAAAUAUGCCCUCAAGAUGGAUUUUGUUGGAAGACCUUUUUCAUUAAGACCCUUUACCAUCCUUCAGUGGCAGAUGAGAUUUUAAGAUUGCCUCUGUCCAAGGGAAAUCUUAAGAAUAAGGUCAUUUAACCGCACUCACAGUCUGGGAAUUAUUUUGUGAAGAAAGAGUAUCAUCCAUAUAAAGCACAAAAGCUUAGAUGAUCAAUUGAGUUCUGCUUCUUCUGUCAGUCAGAAACUUAGGACCAGGUUAUGGAAGCUGAAAUUGCCUUUCGAAUACUUGGUCUUUUCUUUUGGAAGUUAGUACACAAUGCUUUACUUGUUAAAGAAAAGUUGGUUAAAAGACAAAUUAUAUCUUCUGCAUGUGUACUUUGUGGUGACAAUGAAGUGAUUGCCACUUGUUUUUAUCUUGUUCUAUUGCUAGAGCAGUUUGGUUUGCUCGUGUAUGUGGUGUCAGACUUGAUCUGUUGCAACCAUAGUCAAUUGGAUUUUGAGUAGAACAUUGUAUCAAUGCUUUUUAUGAGGAUGGCUCUGUUAACUCCUUGUUUAUGGCUGUGGUGGUUGGGAGUUCUGUGGUCUGUGUGGUUUUUCAAGAACAACGUUGCUUUUGAAGGCUGGUCUAUUUCACCUAAUGUGAUGGUAAAAUAUGGAAGGGGGUGGAUGGUUAGUUGUUCAGAUGUUAAUGCUAAAGUGCAGGUGUUCUUCUAAAAGAAAUAAAAUCGACUGCCUUUGUUUUCGAGUGCAAGGACAGGUUGGGGAGAAGUAUGCUGCUUGUAUGUUAUAGUCAAGCAGUGACAACCAGGAAAUAAUGCCACUUUUUAAGCUCUCAGGAGGCUCUAAUGUGUGCAGAGGGUGAAUGCCUUGAUAGAUAAUCAACAUAUUUUGCUGGAUCUUUAUAAAGAAAGUUGUAGCAGCUGGAAGUUGACAACUAUUUCUAGGAUAUCAGAGCAUUAAGGGGAUCUUUUCUUAAUUUAUGGUAGAAAUAUGUUGAUAGAAGAAUAGUAGGUUGUGAAUCAAAUUUUGCUAAGGUAGCAGCUCAAUACUAUUAUGCAUCCUGUCUGAGUACUUAGCUUCUAUAUUUCUAUCAAGUAUCUUUUCUUGAUAAUGUAUUAGAAAGAAUGUGACAAAAUUUCUCGUCCCCUUGGUCCAUUGCUUCAAUACUACAGGGGGUGGCUAUGGCCACGACCACCUGCCCCUUUUCUAAAGUCCAACCAUGGCUGACCAAUGGAUGCAUUCAGAGUUAGUUAGACUUCGAUCACUUGGUAAGCUGAUGCAGAAAUGAUAUAAUAUUGCACAUCUAUAAUUUAAAAUGUGAGACUAAUAUGCUUUUAAGGGGGGGAAUAGAUUUUCCAGAUUUAAGGCAUCCUGUAAUUGAUAGAACACCUUUCUUCAUCCAAUGCAUGUGACCAAACUUUUCAAGUUUACUCCCUGCUAGAUCAAAAAACUAGCCCCAACAAGCGAUGGUCUACCUUUGUUAAGAUUGUGCCUCUGAUACACGUGUAUUUAGUGUGAGUGUUAAAUUGGGAAGGAUGCCAAAGAAGACUGAAAUCGAUUAAGUUAAUACGGACGAUACAUUUUAUGGUAAGACCAGUUGCAAUAAUGCAGAGCCUUCCCAAAGCAGCCACAGGAAUUCCGUACAUGGCAGCUUGAAGUUCACAUUAAUGGCAAAUAGGGGAUGAUGACAGAUAUUUUCCCCAGAGCCAAAUUAAAAAUCACAUUUGUUGCAACACCAGUUCUCCAAGAAUCUGCCACAUCCUGCACUGGACUGCAAGCAAUAUGCAUCACAACUAUAAGUUGAUGGGUGCAAAUUGCACAAUGCAAUACAUACAAAUAUACACAAAUGACCAAAUUGUUUCUUUUAUGAGACAGUUUUGCACAAUGCAUAGUGACAAAUUCCUCUAAGUGAACGAGGUCAAUUAAACUUUUUUUUGCUCUCGCAUAGUAUAUCCUCAAGGCUUUCAACCAAAGACUAAUCAUUGUUCACACUGGAUGGGCCCACGAAGGAGUAAAGCACUAGCCUAAAAAAUUCUUUUCAAAGUGCAGGUAGCAGGACUUGAACUGGGGAGCACAUCCAAUCGAGCCCAGUACAAACACCUUGAGACUGAGAGGUCAAUUAAACUUAAUACUUAGUAUCAUCAAUUGCUAAUUUCUUCAUCAGCCAACAUUGGGGAUUUCUACAUCCAUUUCAUUUUCAAACAAGCUUCUACUGGCUUGCACACUGCCAACAAUGACAAUUUCAUUGGGUCAAUGUGCAAUGGGUUACAGAUACUACAAAUGUGUAGAAAAAAAAAUCCAUACUCGUGUGAAAAAUUAGUAAUGAGUUUUCAAGGUUUAGUGUAAUGUUUGUUUUGGUCCCUCAUAAUACUUUUUUUUUCUUUUUUCUUUUUUUUUUUACAAGGUCUACUUUUUAUCUUAUAUAAUUUUUAUUAUGAUGGUAAAAUAAAGGAUCAAACUAGUCUUUUAAUUACUGUGACACAAAAUGUACUUAUCUUUGGAAAUCUCCUAUGUUUAUUCUCCCAAAUUUCCUUUUAACUAGGAAAUCACGAUUUAUCUCAGUACCUAAACUAUCUUAACAUGCUUUCAGAUUUCCUAAAAAGAAAUUAGGAUAAUGCACAUGGCUGGCAUUUAAUUUCAAAUAUAAAGAAGAUGCAUGUGAGGUUUGAAAGCAUUCAAGAAUUUAAUUAAAUUAAGGCAAAGAUCAUUCUAAAUCUCUGCUAUAAAUAUCAAUCUUUUUAUUCCCUUCAGACCACAAGGCAUCUCUACCAGCCUUCUUGUAAGAAUUCUUCACUAACCAAAAUACACAAGUAUUUGACAAAGGGAAAACAAAACAAGAACUUUCUGUGUUUGGCUGUGAAGGUUUUGAACCCACUUCAAUGGACUACUACCACGUCUGUCCUCAACCUCAGUUACAAACUUACAUUGUCAAAUUAUCCAGUCCAAAAUCGAAUCUGAACAAUUUGCUGUCAAAAAUGCAUGGAGAACAUAAAGUUUUCAUUGAUGCACAAGGAGCUGUGAGAAUUCAAACUACUAUACAACCCCAAGAGUUCAUGCAGCUUCUUGAUCAAUGGCAGAAAAGGGAGCUUCCAUAUGAAGCAAGGGUGGAAAACCACAACCAUGUUAUGCAAGUAGGAGAGCUCCAACAAUUAAGUAAACUUGAGAGGUUGAAAAAUGCAGAGAUUGUUCAAUCUAGAAACUGGAAACUGACAUUCAAUGACUACAAAGAUGGCAAUAAUAAUGCUCAAAAUGGUGAGAAAAAUAACAAUGGUCCCUCCAAUCCAAAGCCUGCAAAUAACAAUGGUGCUGGACCAAGUCAUGGUGGAUGUGAGAAAAAGAACCAUUGUUCUUGUGCCUUUCGUGAUGGUGGGAAUGGUCAUGUGGUGAAAAACAAGCCCCAAACCCACACUAUCUAUGUUGAAUUCCCAUAUGCUUCAAAUGGAUGUGUAUCCACAGCAGAACUACUAUGAUUACCAUGCACCACCACCACCCCCACAGAAUGCCCACUACGUGGACAUGUCAUGUGGUGAUUAUGAGCCAAAAUGCAUCGUGAUGUGAAUUGAAAAUUGCUUGGUUCUUUUAAGUCACCAUCCAAAAAUAUUGAUCUCAUGAAUAAGUUUCUUUGUUUACCUUAAUAUUUGUUGGUUUAGU